UCCGAUGAGAGCCCUGUGGAUGAUUUCAAUGCAGAAAAAACAGGAGUUACCCUUCCAUUGGAUUUAUAUUUUUGCUCCUCACACUCUUGGAUUGAUGGGAUGAUGAUUAUUUUCUACACAUUUUAGAAGAAGGAUUUAAGAUAUGGACAAUCAGAGCCUUGUAAAGGCUUGGAAAUGGCAAGUAGCUUUCUCCCUCUUCCUUUGUAGCUGGGGCUGGGUCUCUGGGCAGCUGCGUUAUUCUAUUGCUGAGGAGUCUUAUCCAGGGACUGUUGUGGGGAAUGUGGCUCAGGAUCUGGGGGUGAAUCUGGCUGAUAUUAGUAGAAGGAGGCUGAGUUUGGGAUCCGAUGGAAGCAGCAGAUUAUUCUCUAUAGAGCAGAAGAAUGGAGCUCUGGUUGUAAGUGAGAGGAUUGAUAGGGAGAGCCUGUGUGGAUCCAGCCUGAGCUGUUUUCUGCAUUUAGAGGUUGUGGCUGAGAAUCCUCUGGAGCUUCAUAGUCUGGAAAUAGAAAUAUUGGAUAUAAAUGAUAAUUUACCCUUAUUUAUAAGUUUAAAUCAAUUAAUAAAUGUUACAGAACUAUUAUCUAGUCCAGGAGUAAGAUUUCAAUUAGAAACAGCAAAGGAUUUAGAUGUGGGUAAAAAUGGUAUUAAUGAAUACAAAUUAAACCCAAAUCUAUAUUUUUCCCUGCUUACGAAACAUCGUAUGGAUGGAACCUUGAUUGCUGAGCUAGUGUUAGAAAAGAGCCUGGAUAGGGAGGAGAAAGCUGAACAUAAGCUAAUUCUUACAGCUUUGGAUGGGGGAGACCCUCCUAGAUCAGGAACUACACAGAUAACAGUGAAUGUUUUAGAUAUUAAUGAUAAUGCCCCAGUGUUUGAUCUGUCCCAUUAUAAGAUCAGUGUUUUAGAAAAUAUUCCAUUGAACUCCAUUAUUAUACAUUUAAAUGCUACAGAUUUGGAUGAUGGUUCAAAUGGUGAAAUCUUAUAUUCCUUUGACCACCAUACUUUGCAUUCUGCAAAAAGAAUAUUUAAAAUAAAUUCAAAGACCAAUGAAAUAGUGACUAUAGAUACUUUGGAUUUUGAAGAGUCAGGUUUUUAUGAAUUAUAUAUCAAAGCUACAGAUAAGGGGUCACCUAAAUUAGAGGGUCAUUGUGUAAUCCAAGUUGAGGUAAAGGAUAUUAAUGACAACAUACCAGAAAUUAUUUUCACCUCCAAAGCUAAUGAAGUUCCUGAGAAUUCCCCCAUAGGAACUGUGUUGGGAUUUAUCACAGUUAAGGAUAAGGAUUCUGGCAAAAAUGGAGAAAUUACACUGAAUGUGUCACCAAAUUCACACUUUAAGAUUCAGCCCAUGUCACAGCGUUACGCUCUGGUCACUAGUGGACAUCUGGACAGGGAGAAGCUCUCACAAUACACGAUUAAACUGACAGCGUCUGAUCUGGGUUCUCCAUCUCUCAGCAGUCAGAUUACAAUCAGUCUUAAUAUCUCUGAUGUUAAUGAUAAUCCUCCAGCAUUUCUACACAAUGUCUACAAUGCCUUCAUAGCAGAAAACAAUGAGGCCGGCAGACUGUUAUGUUCAGUAUCUGCUACGGAUCCGGAUGAGGGAUCUAAUGCAAACCUAAUUUACUCCAUCAAUGAGAGACAUAUCCAUGGUUCUCCUGUCUCUUCAUUUGUCUACAUUAACUCCAACACCGGGAAUAUUUAUGCACAAAGGUCUUUUAACUAUGAACAAUUCCAGGUUCUGCAGAUCACAGCAAGAGUGGAAGAUUCUGGAUCUCCAAAAUUAUCCUCCAAUGUUUCUGUUUUCAUAUUUGUUCUGGAUACAAAUGACAACUCUCCUACCAUUUUAUACCCAGAGAAUAUAGGAGAGACCGUUCUUGAAGAGUCCAUUCCAAGAUCUGCUGCUGCUGGCUAUUUAGUCAGUAAGGUGUCUGCAGUGGAUGUAGAUUCUGGGCACAAUGCCUGGCUCCUCUAUAGUCUUGUUCAGUCUGCCAGCCCUGCUUUAUUUCAAAUCUCUGAAUACUCAGGAGAAGUCAGGACUCUCCGAGGUUUACAUGAGACAGAUAACACAGAGCAUCGACUUGUGAUUUCAGUCAGUGAUCAUGGGGAACCUUCUAUGACCACUACAACUACUAUCAUUGUGAAUAUAUUGGACACUGUUUCCCAAGAAAGUCCUAAAUCUCAAAACUUUCUUACAAAUGCCAAAUCUACUCCAGACCUCACUCUGUAUCUUAUUGUCUCCCUUGUGGCCAUCAGUGCAGUUUUUCUGGUCACAUUUACUAUAUUACUUGUUAGGUGCCUUAGAAAGAAUUAUGAUUCUGGUUGUGAAUUCUGCUUUACUGACAAAUCGCUUUCUUCCACCUAUAUGGAUCAGUACAAACCAACCCUUUACCUGAACACAUGGAACAUUAAAAUAUAUGGAGGUGCGGAUGGCUCCACCAGAAGCUCCAGGGUCUUGUUAUCCUGUUUGUUUUCCACCUACUACAGAUAUUCCAAAUUUAACUUUGAGUAAAUCUAUAAAUGAGCCACAUAUAGGUGAUAUAGUUGAACAUGCAAAUCCUUCUGCUGACUCACGUUGGGUAAAUGAAAUUAACCAGCAGGCACAACCUGGUGCAGAAUGGCGCUUCUCACAGGCUCAGAGACCCGGACCAAGCGG